CCAGAGUGGGACUGCCGUGGUUGGGUUUCAGGAGCUAUAGGCUAUCCGCACCAGUAACAGGGUUGGUGCCUCGGCGGGAGCGUCUGUUCAUGGUCUCCGUGGACACCAGUCCUCUGUCUCGCCCUGUGACAUAGUACAAAAUAAGAUAAGUUUUAUAAGAGAAACAAAGGGUGGAGACCACACUGAUUUCAACAAUGGCUGAACUAGACAAGCAAUACAUAAAAGAGUUAAUUGCCAAAGGAAAUAGAUUCGAAGCUAUGAACAUUUUCAUUCAGAGCAAAUUUGGAAAACCAGAAAAUUCAGAAAAUGGAAUUAAAAUUAAGCGAGAAGCUGGUAGUGAACCUGUUGUGAAAGGUAAGAAAAAUAAGGGAUUGAGUCAAGGAAGUGAUGGAAAAAACAACAGUGAUAGUGAAAGUGAAGGCAGUGAGGGAGGAAGUGACAGUGAAAGCAGUGGUAGCAGUCAUGGUAGCUCAACAGUGCCUCGAAGUGAAGCACUGGUACCAGAAGUGGAACUUAAAGAAGAUGAGAACUUGGAUGUUGAUAUAGAGACAGUGGAUCCCUUGGCUGAAGUUCUUUUGCCGCGACCUCAUAUACUGGAGCAAGCAGGCCCUGCGCACAUUCCACACCAACAACAUGAUCUCCAAGGAUAUGGAACCAUGGGAGGAAUGCCCCACUAUGGAAGUCAGCUAGGAGGACCAUAUGGCCCGUAUUGUGCUCAGAUCCCACAGUACGGGCCGAGAGCAGAUGGGAAUCAGACUAGUCCUGUCUGGCCGGAUCCUAAUUCUCAACAGCACCAUCACCACCACCACCACCACCACCACCAUCAUCAUCAUCAACAAAUUCAACACCAAAAUAUUCUUCAACCACAGCAGCAGCAACAACACACUCAGCACAUUCACCACCAUCAACAGCAUCACCAACAUCCUCCCCAGCCUCCAGAGGAUGAUGACCAUAUACCAAGAGUCCAACGUGAAAAAGAGGCAAUCCCUAAUAACUUACACAAGAAGACUCACCAGAAAUAUUUCAGAGACCAGGGCCGUCCAUAUGUUUCUCGUGCAACUGGCAAGGAAAUCAAAGGAAGAGUAAUGGGUCAACCAUGCAACUGUAAAAAAAAGUGCUGGUCUAAAAUUGAACUUGGAGCCAAUGAAAUUUUUUCAGCCUUCUGGGAUAUGGGGAAUUUUGAUGAACAAAAUGUGUAUCUCUAUGGAAAUAUAUCAAUUAAGCCUGUGAGCAGACAUUAUGUAAAGGGAUCAAACAGAAGAACAUACACAUUCACUUACUGGUGUAAAGUUCGUGGAAAACAUGUGGAAGUGUGCAAGGAAAUGUUUAUGGGUGUUCAUGGUUUACAAAAUAGCCGAGGAAGAAUUGGGAACCUGAUGAAGCAAAUGAAGGCUGGCAACUUGCUUCCAAAGCCAGACCAGCGCGGAAAACACAGUAACCGGCCAAACAAAUACUCAGAACAGUCACUUCAGGCAGCUCGAAGACACAUAGAAAUGUACAUUAAUAGAAAUAUGACAUUAAAGAAAAUGUUCAGAGAUUUUUAUGUGCCAUGGUGUGAAGAACAUAAGAUUGUACCUGUAAGUGAGGAUAAAUAUAGAAGAAUAUAUUCAGAAGAAUAUAAAAUUUCUUAGUACUUCAUAAAGAAAGUAUAUUAUAGAAACAGUUAAACAUUCAUCCCUCAUAACUGACUUAGUACUGUGGACAUGGACCACAGUGUGUAAUAAAUAUCAUUCCCAUUUUUCAUGUUUCAGUUGUUUUGUUAAGUUUGAAUUUAUUACAAGAAUUAACUUUAAUAAAUUUACAAUUCCAUAUUGUCAUUAUUUUUUUUAUCAUUUAUAGUUUUUUUUUUAAAUACCUAUUCAUUCAUAGAAUAUGAACAUGAUUAAUAUAAGGAGCAAAGUGGGUACAACUCAAAGUACUUCACAUAUAGAGGAUAGGUAUUUUUCCAUUCUAACAUCUUGUACAAGACUUAUUUAAUUAUGUAAUUUGAAAAUUAACAUAAAGGGUAGAUAAUGGAUAUGUUUUCCUUGAAACUGUACUUUUUUAUAACUGGAAUCAGAUAUAUUAUGUGCUUUACUUUCAACAUAGUAUGACUUAAAUUCACUGACAGAAAAUUGUGUACCAAUGUUACAUAAGAUCCAACGUAAAAGGACAUUAGGAAAAGAUAAUGUAUCAGAAAAUUUAUAUCAUUAAAGAUUCUAUAUUUUUUCAAUUAUAUAGAAAA